AUGCCCUCCUCCUCCUCCCCCAACCAACCCACCACAACCACCUCAUCCACCACCUCCGACCUCGAAUCCGACCUCCUCCAGCACCUAACAAGCACACCCGCGCUCGAAGACCUCCACGCCACACUCCUCAGCUCACUCCAACGACUCGGCUGGACAGAACGGAUCCGAAAACUCGCGCAGGAACUCCUGCGCGGCGGACGAUGCGAGCGAUUCGACGAGGUAUUCGAAGCGGUAGUAGCGUCUGCGGAGGGGCGGAAACACCCCAUCCUAGCGGAGGCGAAUAAAGCGAAACAACAAAGCAAUGGGGACGAGGACGGUAGUAGUGGGAUUGGGGAUCUGGAGGCGUUUGAUGUGAGGAUUCCGUCGGCGGUGGUGGAGCAGGGGGUUAGGGCGUUGAAGGAGGUGUUGAGGGAGGUGGUGGUUGCGGAGGAUGGGGGGGAUAUUUUGGGGGAGGUUGAGAAUGGGCAUAAGGAGGAGGGUGGUGGUGGUGGGAGUGGUGGUAAGGGGUCGAAGAAUAGUAAGGAAGGUGGGGGGGAUACGGCGAGUCCGGUCAAGAAGGUGAAGAAGGAGUCGAAGGCGGGGAGUAAGAUCAAAUGA